UAAUUACGUGAUACAGCGACAAUAUAAAAUUAUUCUGCAAUGACAUAAAGUUACUGCGUUGUAAAUACUUUUAUUUUUUGUAAAAUUAUAAAUAUAAAAAUUCAAAUACCAAAAAUAUAAAUUAUUUAGAGUAAUUAAAUUAUUAAUUAAAAAUAAUGGUAUUGUGUGAAUUAGUAGGUGCAAUAACAAUUAUUUAUUAUAUUUUUUAUAUAAUAUUCCCAUGGUUUAUUGACUGUGAUAUACAAUUAUUUUUCAAAGAGAAAUUUGGUCAACCCAUAGAUGUGUUGAGUAGAAAAGUUGUUUGGAUAACCGGUUCCUCGAGUGGCAUUGGAGAAAAUCUAGCAUAUGAACUUGCUAGAGUUAAUUGCAAAUUGAUUCUGUCAGCACGACGAGAAGAAGAAUUGAUAAGAGUUAAAAAACAAUGUUUAGAAAUAAACAAAAAUUUACAAGAUGAUGACAUUGAAAUUUUAUCAAUGGACGUUUGUGAUUAUCAGUAUCAUGAGAAAGCACUAGGUUAUAUUAUUAAUAAAUUUGGCAAAUUAGAUAUUUUAGUUAAUAAUGCUGGUCGAUCACAAAGAGCUAAUUGGGAAAAAAUAGAUAUUAAAGUUGACAGAGAUCUAUUUGACUUAAACGUAUUUUCAGUAAUUAAUUUAAGUCGAUUAGCUUAUCGUCACUUUAUAGAAAAUGGACAUGGACAUUUAGUUGUUACUUCAAGUUUAGCUGGUUUAUUGGGAAUACCAUUUUCUGGAUCUUAUACUGGUUCAAAACAUGCGUUACAUGGUUACUUUGAAAGCUUAAGAAUGGAAAAAUUAAAUGAAAAUAUACCGAUAACACUAGUGUGUCCUGGUGCAAUAAGUACUCCGUUUUUAUCAGAAAGUUUUACUGAAAAACCUGGUGAAAAAUAUGGUUUGAAAACGGAUGUAAAGGCGUCUAAUAAAAUAAGUCCUGAGCGCUGUGGAUAUUUGAUGGCGGUAGCUAUUGCUAAUUGUCUCAAUGAAUGUUGGAUUUCUAAAUCUGUCGCUUUACAACUGACUUAUUUAGCUCGAUAUUAUCCAAAUCUAGGAGACUUUUUUUUAAAUUUAAGCGUAAUAAAAACACUGGGUCCAAAAUUUUUGCAACGUCUUCGUGAUAACAAAGUCACCGUAAAUGAAAAAUGAAAAUCAAGAGGAUUCAUACAGUCGACUACCCGCCAUAAGCCUGGUCUAGGAGACGUAAGGAAAAAUUUUCUUGUAAUUUCAGUCUUCCCACUACCGUGCGUUUAGUUUUGUUCUCGACUACCCGUUAUAAGCCUGUAUUAUUUUAUAUCAUUUUAAACGUCAUAUUUACAUUUUGUUACAUACGCAACUAUCCCGAUUUUCCUGGUGCUUAUGGCGCUAAAAUAAAUUCUUAUCUUUUUACACUAAUAAUAUUUUAAAUGCAAAAAAUUAUAAUGAUAACGGUGUUGAUUACAGUAAUAAUUAAAAUAAUAAUUUUAUUGAUCAACUUAAUGCUCAAUAAAACUUU